CGGAGAUCUUUAUGGUUGGCACCGAGGAAGGGAUGAUUCACACCUGCUCUCUUAAAUACAACAGGAACUAUGUGCGCUCAGUUCAAGGUCAUCACAUGCCCGUGUACAGGAUCCAUUACAAUUUCUUCAACAAUAGCAUCUAUGCGUCUUGUUCUGGGGACUGGCGUGUCAAGAUAUGGGAGGACGGCCGAGAUGAACCUCUGUUCAUGUUCGAAUUGGGUUCUCCAGUGGGCGAUGUGAAAUGGGCUCCUUACUCCAGCACGGUUUUUGCAGCUUGCACUGCUGAUGGCAAGGUAAAUCUCUCUUUCGCUUCUAAAAUGGCAUUGAUAUUACGUACGGACGUUAUACAUGUUUGGAAUAAAAAAAAAUAUAUUGGAGAGCAUCACAUAGAUACCUAGCUCAGAUUCCAAGAUAAGUACCAAAGCCCUUGUAUUAUGAAGUAGGUAUCUGAAACAAAUACACUCAAAUGCUAGACAUUCAUAUAUUAACUCGACCGGAAUCAAAUCCAGAACCUCAGAGAUGGCGACAUUAGGAAACCAGGGUGCUAACCACUGCGCUACGGCUAAAGGCUACAGGAAAAAUUUCUUAUCAGUGCACAAGUUGUUCCUAUGAUUUAUUAUAAUUAGAAAAAUAGAAAAUAUUUACGAAAAACUUUUUUUAUUUCGUAUGACAAUAUUAAAAUUGAUAAUUUCUUAAGUUGGGCUUGGUAACCCUAAAUUUCUUAUCAAGUUUCCAUAAAUUAUUACUCUAUAAUUUAAUAUGAUUUAAAAAAUAAUAGAUACUCUAUUCUAAAUUACUGUUAUUUUAAGGUGUACGUUUACGACUUGAACGUCAACAAAUAUCGACCGAUAUGCAUACAAGCGGUGGUGUCAAAGAAGACCAAAAAGCUAACAAGAAUAGAUUUUAAUUCUCGCUUGCCUGUUAUUGUGGCUGGAGAUACUAAGUAAGUUAAAACGCUUCAGCAUAAAUGGGCCGGCUCGACCGGAGUGAUACCACGGCCUCACAGAA